AUGCUCUCCGUGGGGACGACGGAGCAGCAGCCAGGGCAGCAGAGGCUUGCCCCGCCGAUCUUGGACCGGUUCCGUGCCCUCCUGCGUGAGAGAGCGGAGGAGGCGAGGACAGCGAUCGGAGACGCUGAGGCUGCCUCCCCGUCCCCCACGGCGGAGGAGAUCGUAUCGUUCUAUGAGGCGGUCCUCUCGGAGCUCACAUUCAAUUCGAAGCCUAUUAUCACGGAGCUUACUAUUAUCGCUGGGGAGCAGCGGGACCUCGCUGAGGGCAUCGCCAACGCCAUCUGCGACCGUAUCCUCGAGGUUAGCUCUGAUUCACGAAUUUGGUUGCUCCUUCUAGUCCUAGUUUCUCGUGGAAUGAAAUAUUUUGUGUUUAUUUUCUCGCAACAGGAAAUUUAUAUCCAUCUAUUUGAAAAAGCAGAAUACGUGCCAAGUAACCCCGCAUUGUUUUGUAAAUGCUACUCCCUUCUGUGGUUUUCACUGUCUUUUGGGCUUAUGGUAGCAUUCAUAUCUUGGCCGCCCAUGGACCGUGAAUUAGGCAAUACCCAGCCGGGUUUUUUUGUCUGGUGCCCUAUUCAAUUACAAGCAGCAGGCAAUUUCAGGAUUUUCUUUUCUUUCCCUUACCCGUCUUCCCAGCAUUUCCAGUCCUCUGUGACCGAAAUGUGUUUAAUGUGUGCUUGAACCACGGAUAAAUUAUCAUGACCAUGGUCUUUGUUAAUAUGUAUCUAUUAAUUUGAUUUCACUUUGCUUGAUGCAGGUCCCUGUUGAUCAAAAGCUACCCUCGUUGUAUCUUUUAGACAGCAUUGUAAAGAACAUUGGGCGGGACUAUAUGAGGUGGUUUGCGGCUCGACUACCAGUGGUGUGUUCAUAAAAUAGGGAUUCUUUGCUUUUCCUUUUCUUUCUGCGAAGUAAAAUGUGAUUGAUGUUGAAACAAAGAGAAGAAUGCCCAUGUGCCUUUUUUUUCCAGUUUCUAAUUUUUUAUUCAUUUUUAUGUAGAAGGUGAAAUCAGUGUCUUGUUAUUGAUGAAACAGAAAAUUUUAUUAUUGUGAUGGUUCUUUCCUCAUCUUAUUAUUCUAUCAAACUUUAAUCUUUUUUUUUUCUGACUUCAUCGUGUGCUGAAUCUUUCUGGAUUAAUUUUAUUCUAGUGAUGGAGUAUUCCAAUUUUCUGACAAUACUUUCUGCCAUGGCUGCAUUGUUUCUUUUGUGUUGUGCUGAAAUUCCUUCUGUUAUGUAUUGCAAGGUGUUUGUUGAGGCGUACAACCAAGUACCUACAAGCCAGCGCCCUGCAAUGCAGCACCUCUUUGGAACAUGGUCACAUGUUUUUCCUUCUUCUUUGCUCCAAAAAAUUGCAGAUGAGCUGGAAUUUCCCAGACCCGAGAGCCAAAAACAUUCUGGUCUGGUAAAUGUCAAACAAUCCGAAUCAUUGUCUCCCCUUCCUGCUCAUGGAAUUCAUGUUAAUCCAAAAUAUCUUGAAGCACAACGUCAGUUUGAACAUUCUUCUGUGGUAAAUUCCAAUUCCAUUCUAUCUCUUACAACAUAUGUUUUCAUGUGUUUGUAAAUGGGGAGGCAUAUGCCUUCACUUAGGAUAAUAGAAAAGGACUGUAAGGGUCUAUUGAUUUGAUGUUUGAGUCAUAAGUGAAUGAAGAACAGCACAGAAUGCUGCAUUUCCUAUGUCAUCAAAGAUUAAAAUAAAAAACUCUUUCUUUUUCACUUUUUCUUGAAUGCUAGAAUUUUUUUUCCAAGGAAUUCUGUAACUUUUUGCAAGUGAUGUUUGCUUUGCUGAGGUCUCAGAAGAAAAUAUUAAAAAAUUGAACCGAUUAUAUGGUAUCAAAUAUCCUUGAGAUGUUUGAAAUUACUAAAACUAUUACUCAUGCAUCUUCACCUUUAGGCAGCAUAUGUGCUGAUGUUGCUGUGUGUUUUUCACAUCACCAGGACCUUCAACGUGUGAAGGUUGUGCCUUCCAAUUUACAAAUCUUUGAUGAGAGAUCUUCCAUGCAGUAUGGUGACUAUGAUUUCGAUCACCCUGAGUCACUUCCUCCACACCGUGGGCAUCCCAGAAGAGGCUCUCCACAGAUGGUGCCAGAGCAUGCACCAUCUGCAAGUGGAACUGAAAACCCCCUGGCGGUGUCAAAAAGGAUACUGAGAGCUGAUUUAGUAGGAUCUGCAUCACCACCAAGUGAUGGCUUCCAUAGGGAUAUAUCACCUGGGAGAGGUGUUGAAAGAGCCUCCCCACACAAUUUGGGAUUUGGAUCUGCACAAGUCAGAACAACUAACAGGAGUGAUUGGUGGGAAAGGAAUAGAAGCAUUGCUGCCGCACAGCCAGAAGGUCCCGAACUGUACAAAAUCCAGAAUGGCUUUGGCAGACAGCAGCCACGGGGCCUGAUUGAUCCUUAUGGAAAUUACCGAGGGAAAGGCACAUCAGAUGACAAGCCUGCAAAGGUCCAACGGCUUGAUGUUAAUGGAAGAUACAGUGAGGUUGGCACUCGAAACUGGCAGAAUACGGAAGAAGAGGAGUAUGACUGGAAAGAUAUGAGCCCCGUACUGCCUGACAGAAGCCGAAGUGGCAGGCCAAUGUUUGAUUCCGGUAUUGAGAGGCCGGGCCUAAAGUCAAAUGCUGGACUUUUGGAAUCAGAGUUCAGGGCCAACUGGCACGGACAGGCUCCAUUUCCUCCAAUUGAUGACGAAGCUGCAGUCGAAGAGAGAGUUCCUUUUGCUGGUGUAUGUUUUCCCCACUUCUCAGCCUUUUUUCCCUGUUCUGCAACAAGCUCCUUUCGCAUCAUGAAAUAGACUUGUAAAACGUUGAAUUUUUCGUACUUCAUCUUGUCUGUAUCAUCAUUAUUUGGGUGGCAGAAUUACGUAAAUGUCUAUAUUGACUUUCUGACGCCUGAUACUGCUUUAGACUCACGAAUCUGUUUUCAUUCUCUGCACUCACGGACAGAAUGUAUUUUAAUUUUGCAGUUUGAGCAUGGAUCAAUGGAUAGAAGGCCCCUGAUUGGUGCAGGAAGGAAUGAACUGACUCACUAUCAAGCUUCUUCCCAUUAUCUACGGGACCCUUGGAAGCUGCAUCCAUCUCAGCCAGGUCUCAGCCCAAGAUCAAGAGGAAGAGCAAUGCAAAUUCCCCUUCCUAUGAUGGGUCAUAAACUAGCUUCUCCUUAUCAUAAAGGACAAGGAUCUGAUGUAGACUACUUCGAAAUGGAUGCCCUUUCAGCUGCAUCAUCGUCUGAAGGAACAGAGAAUCGUCUGAGAAAAAGGGCACGUUCGCCUCAUGCUACUCCGACCACAUGGCCUCAAAUCCCUAAACCUCUCCCUCCUAUUGGCGUGCAGCAGAAGCAAUUGAGAAGUAGAUUCGAUUCUGUUGAUGGUGGAGGGACGCUGGUAAGUGAUUCCAAUACACCAAGUUGGUCCCAUUCUCAGAACAUAAAAUCCUUUAAUUUUAUUGUUCUGCCUCCGAUGCCUUACCAGUACUCUGGUUUGAUUUCUCUGAAUCAGCAAAGAAAUAAACGAGCUAGUCUGAUGGGGCCACAAUCUCAGGAGACUCAUGAAAAAGUAACCCCAUCCCCAACUCCUCCACUCAGAUAUCAUCACUUUUAUUUGCCCAACAUCUGACUCCUAUGCAAUCACAGGGACAACGUUCAUUAAACUCAAUGCUGCCGAAGCCAUCAUUAGGUAUAUCUCCAUCUCAUGCGAUUCGUGAUGUAGUCAGUCCCUCUGCAUACAUUCAUGGUGGUGUUUUGCCUCCUCUACUACCUCCAGGGGCUCCCUCUGUGCCAUUGGAUGUGGGAGGUCUGCCACGUGCCGGUUCCAUCAUGCCCAAUGCACCUACUCUUCCACUCUCAGGUUUAAUAACCUCUCUUGUAGCACAAGGUCUGAUAUCAUUGCCGCCGGCAACCUCAUCUGAGGUACUCGUCUGUGAAUUCCUGAUUUCAUUUUAUUUUUAAAUCCAUUGUGCUGCAUCAAGUCUCAUCUUUCUCAACCUAACAUCAUGGUUUUGACAGGACUCGGUUGGCAUUGAGUUUAAUGUGGAUCUUCUCAAAGUUCGGCAUGAGUCUGCAAUAUAUGCUCUGUAUCGUGAUCUCCCCAGGCAGUGUACAACAUGUGGGCUGCGUUUUCAACAACAGGAAGAUCAUAGCAAUCACAUGGACUGGCAUGUUGCCAAGAAUCGGUUAUCUAAAAUCCGUAAGCAGAAGCCAUCCCGUAGAUGGUUUGUUAGCCUCAAGGAAUGGCUAAGUGGGACUGAAGCAUUACCCCCAGAUGCUGUUCCUGGGUUUUUGCCAUCUGAAGCAGUUACCGAAAAAACAGAAGAGAAAGAAUUUGCUGUUCCUGCAGAUGAAGAUCAGAAGGUGUGCUAUCUAUGUGGGGAAACUUUUGAGGAAUUCUAUAGUCAUGAGCAUGAAGAAUGGAUGUAUAGAGGAGCAGUAUACUUGAAUGCACUAGAUGGAUUGAUGGAGGGCAUGGACAGUAACCAGUUAGGUCCUAUAGUUCAUGCUAAGUGUAGGACUGAUUCUGCAACAGAUCACGGGCAAGCAUAA